AUGAGUGCGGUAGAUGUUCAGACGCCGAAAAGUUCCCGAGACCUUGUCAAACUCAAGCGGUCACUUAUGGCUGUUGAUCCAGCAUUUGAAAAGGCAAGACCUCAAAAACGACGUAGAGUUAUUCCUGAUCCGAACAAGGACUUCGUUGAGUUGCAUGAGGUCCAGACAGAGAAGGCAAGGUUGGCUGCAGAGGGUGGUGGAGGAAUCGAUAUUCAUUCGGACCUGGAAGGUUCAACAUUGAGCGAUUCGGGGUCGGAAAAUCUAGCGAAGCAGAGGAUUGUAUUGAGGUGAGAAAUCCUGACUUUGGAAGCACGUAGUUUAAUACCGGGUUGGCAAUUCUUGUAUUUACUAAGACGGUAGGAAGAAUGAGAUGCGAU